AUGAAGCUCUACACUUCCUGGUUCUGCCCAUUUGCACAGCGUGCCUGGAUCGCGCUGGAGGAGAAGGGGGUCGACUAUUCCUACGUGGAGAUCAACCCCUAUGAAGUGGAUCCGAGCCUACCAGGGGGAUACACGAAGAAGCAGCUGCCCAUCGAGGUGAAGAAGGCCCUUUACCCUGACUUCGUGGCUAGCUCACCAAAAGGCCUCGUGCCUUCGGUGUCGGACCCCAAUGGCGACAAGGUAUGGGAAUCCCUUCAUGUGGUGCAGUAUGUGGACGAGCGCUUCGACCACCCCCCGUACUUCCUGCCCAGGGGAGACCCCCUGAAGCGCGCCCACGUGCGCAUCUGGUCCGACUUUGUGACGGAGCGCAUGCAGAAGAACUUCUACAUGAUGCUCAUGGACCAGGAUCCCGGGCGACAGGGCAAGGCCAAAGAGAGCUUCUUUGCGGAGUGCCGUACCUUUGCCAAGGCCAUGGGCACGGAUGGGCCGUACUUCCUGGGCAAGGACAUCUCCAUGGUGGACAUUGCGCUCUUCCCCUUCUGGCAGCGGUUCCUGUGGGUCGGAGGCUACUAUCGAGGCUUGGAGAUGCCAGAUGAUCCCGACUUCCGCCGGCUGCACACGUGGUGGGAGGCUUGCUCCCAGCGGCCUGCAUUCAACGGCACGCUGGUUUGCCGCCCUCGCCUCAUCUCGUCCUACAGCCAGUACAGUCGAAAUGAGGGGACGUCGGACUACGCGAAGAACCUGCAGAGUUCACUGAGUGGCACGCAGAAGAAGCCCUAG